AGUGCAUAGACAGCAGAUAGAGCUUUGAUGCAUAAGCGGUUAAAGACUUGAACAUUUAGCGUUCUGCAUAGUUUUAGUGGAUCCAAACAUCUUGUUGUCAAUGCAGUGUUCUUUUUUCGUUCUGUAGUAUAUUUUCUGUCUUUAGCUGAGGACUAUUUGCACGGAAGAUGCGACACAAAAGAUUUUCUGCGCUAUUUCUUAUCAUCUGCUUUGUUGCCAUAAUUGUCACAAUGCCUCUUGUUCGAGGAGAUCUGAGCUAUUCUUUUCCGGAGGAGAUGAAACGUGGAUCUGUUAUUGGAAAUAUUGCCAAAGACCUCGGACUUAAUCUUGGAACAUUUUCUUCUCGAAAGGCUCGUGUAGAUAUCGAAGGGGCUCGUAAACGUUUCUGUGACGUUAAUAAGAACACCGGGGAUUUAAUCACGUCGGGCAGAAUUGACAGAGAAAACCUUUGCGGUAAGAAACCCUUCUGUGUAGUGACGAUCGACCUGGUGUUAGAAAAUCCUCUAGAGCUUCAUCGCGUCAGUCUUCAUGUACUAGAUGUAAAUGAUAACUCGCCAAAAUUUAGUGAAAAUUUUAUUGAAAUGGAAAUUCACGAGUCGGCCGAGAAGGGUAGCCGCUUUUCUAUUGGAGUCGCCCAUGAUGCAGAUAUAGGUCAAAACGAUGUACAGAGAUACAUCCUCGAAACUAACGAAAAAUUUAUUCUUGCUGUUGAAAACAAUAAAGUUGAAUUGGCUCUGGAGAACAAGCUUGAUCGAGAGAAACAAAAGGAAAUAAGUUUGCUUCUAACAGCUAUAGAUGGCGGAUCUCCACAGAAAUCAGGUACUGUAGUCAUACAUGUUACAGUGCUGGAUGCUAAUGAUAACGCCCCUGUGUUUUCUCAGGCCGUUUAUAAAGCAAGUGUGCCUGAAAACUCGCCGCCCGAAACUCUAAUAAUUACUGUAAAUGCUACUGAUGCUGAUGAAGGUGUGAACGGAGAUGUAACUUAUAAGAUUGGACACAUAUCUGAGGAUGAAGUCAGUUUAUUUUCUAUUGAUCCAAAAACGGGGCAAAUUAAAUUAACAGGCGUGAUUGACUAUGAAGAAAAUAAUUCUUUUGAAAUGAGCGUUGAAGCAAAAGAUGGAUUAAGACUAACGUCAUAUGCGAAAGUGUUAAUAGAUGUUAUAGAUUCGAAUGAUAAUUCACCAGCCAUUUAUCUAAAAUGGCUGUCCAACCUCAUACCUGAGAACGUGUCACCUGGUACAGAGGUGGGAGUCAUUAACGUUCAUGACAGAGAUUCCGAGAAUAAUGGACAGGUCCGCUGCUCCAUCCAGCAAAACGUCCCUUUUAAAUUAGUGCCUUCUAUUAAAAACUAUUAUUCUUUAGUGACCACAGGGCAAUUGGACCGUGAACUAGUAUCUAAUUACAACAUUACAAUCACUGCCACUGAUGAGGGCUCUCCACCUCUGUCUUCCUCUAAAACUAUUCAGUUGUCUGUAGCUGACAUCAAUGACAACCCACCUGUGUUUGAGGAACAGUCCUACAGCGCAUAUGUGAGUGAAAAUAACAAACCUGGAUCCUCUUUAUGUACUGUUUCUGCUAGAGAUCCUGACUGGAGACAAAACGGUACAGUGAUUUAUUCUCUGUUACCUGGUGAGGUGAACGGUGCCUCUGUGUCCUCCUAUCUAUCUGUUAAUGGAGACACCGGAGUGAUCCACGCUGUGAGGUCAUUUGAUUAUGAACAGUUCAGGAGUUUCAAGGUCCAAGUGAUGGCCAGAGACAAUGGUUCUCCUCCUCUCAGCAGCAAUGUGACUGUCAGUGUGUUCAUAUCUGAUGUGAAUGACAACUCUCCUCAGAUUUUGUAUCCCGCCCCAGAGGGCAGCUCCUUCAUGACUGAGUUAGUCCCUAAAGCUGCACAUGGAGGGUCUCUGGUGUCCAAAGUGAUUGCGGUGGAUGCAGACUCUGGACAGAACGCCUGGCUGUCCUAUCACAUAGUCAAAGCCACAGAUCCUGGACUUUUCAAUAUUGAUCUACACAGUGGAGAGAUCAGGACAAAGCGGGACAUUUCAGAAUCUGACAGCAUGAAACAGACCCUGAUUGUUGCAGUGAAAGAUAAUGGACAGCCCUCUCUGUCUGCCACCUGCUCAGUUUAUUUACUUAUUUCUGAUAACUUGGCUGAAGUGCCAGAACUGAAAGACAUUUCUUAUGAUGAGAAGAACUCCAAGCUGACUUCUUAUCUGAUCAUCGCGCUGGUUUCUGUGUCCACUUUCUUUCUGACCUUCAUCAUCAUCAUCCUUGGUGUGAGGUUUUGUCGCAGGAGAAAGCCCAGACUGUUGUUUGAUGGAGCAGUAGCCAUCCCAGGAGCUUAUCUUCCUCCUAAUUACUCAGAUGUUGACGGCACAGGAACUUUACGCAGCACCUACAAUUAUGAUGCCUACCUGACCACAGGAUCUAGAACCAGUGACUUUAAGUUUGUAUCAUCCUACAAUGACAACACGCUGCCUUCUGACCAGACUCUGAAGAAAAGUCCAACGGAAUUUUCAGAUGUAUUCGGAUUAAAUGAUUCCUCUCCUCAGGUAGGAAUCCAUUCUGCUGUCUUUGAGAUUGUGGUUUAAGAGCAACCUGAUAUUGAUCAAUAUUUCUUUGUUUCUUCCAAUAU